AUGGCGACAUCCGGAGACUCAUCUGCGAAGGUCUCUCCUUCAUCCGCUGCUCCCAAGACCGGCGUGCCGACCUUCGCCGUGCCACAAUCCACCGCGUUGCUGCCGAUGGGAGCACCAUCGGGCAUCCUUGUGCCCACAGUGCCAUCCAUGCCCCAACCCUUGUCGACCACGGAGGCGCUCCAGGCGCUGACGCAGGCCAUUGUGGGCCUCCAACUCCAGAUGACAGUCGUCAACCACCACCUGGUGGACCAGGGUGCCCGGCUUUCGGUGAUCGACGACCGGCCAGCGCUCCCGCAAUUCGGCUUGCCAGGGUUCGGUGGGGUCCCAGCCCUACCUACGGCCUCCGCUCCGGUGAUCUCCGAGGUCGCUGCGGCAUCCGCGGAAUCCGCCGUGGUGCCACCGCCGUCGGUGCCAUUAUCAUCUCCAGCGGUGCACAGAUCGCAGCCGCCUGCUCCACCCCCGUCAAUGGGCGCAUAUAUGGGUUCGAAAUCCGUAGACGAGGUGCUCGAUGCCGCCGCCGCCGGAGUCCAUUACUCCGCACUCCGUCUGGACGGCCUCAACACCCAGGUUUCGGCCGCAUCGUACGAGGAACAACCAAAUGAACCAACGACGUCUGGCCUCGAGAAUGGCCACCAGGAGCCCUUUGUUAUUGGUGUUGCUGGGGGUGCAUCGUCAGGCAAAAGUACCGUGUGCAAGAUGAUCAUUGAUCAGCUCCGGGACCAGCGUGUUGUGGUUGUUACGCAGGAGUCCUUUUAUUAUGGAUUGACGGAUGAAGAAUUAGUCCAUGUCCAUGAUUAUAACUUUGAUCAUCCAGAUGCAUUUCAUACAGAGCUACUUCUCUCUUGUAUGCAAAACUUGAAACGUGGCAAAGCUGUCGACAUCCCUAAUUACAACUUCAAGACAUACAAGAGUGUCCCAAAUGCAAGGAAGGUUAAUCCUUCGGAUGUUAUUAUUUUGGAAGGAAUUCUAGUUUUUCAUGAUUCGCGCCUCAGGGAUUUGAUGAACAUGAAAAUCUUCGUUGAUACAGAUGCUGACGUACGGUUAACAAGGAGGAUCCGUCGUGAUACCAUUGACAAGGGUAGAGAUAUCAAAGCUGUGUUAGAUCAGUACUCAAAAUUUGUUAAGCCUGCUUUUGAAGACUUCAUCCUCCCAACGAAGAAGUAUGCUGAUAUUAUCAUCCCACGAGGUGGAGACAAUGAUGUGGCAAUUGACCUAAUUGUUCAGCAUAUUCGGACUAAACUUGGACAACAUGAUCUUUGUAAAAUACACCCCAAUUUGUAUGUAAUUCAGACUACUUAUCAGAUACGAGGCAUGCACACAAUAAUAAGGGAUGCUGCCACAGCAACACAUGAUUUCAUAUUUUAUGCUGAUCGGUUGAUUCGAUUGGUUGUCGAACAUGGUCUUGGUCAUCUUCCUUUCCAGGAAAAGCAGGUCAUCACUCCGACUGGAUCUGUUUACACUGGUGUGGAGUUCUCCAAAAGGUUGUGUGGUAUCUCAGUGAUCAGGAGUGGCGAAAGCAUGGAGAAUGCACUACGGGCAUGCUGUAAAGGUAUAAAGAUUGGGAAGAUUCUUAUUCAUCGGGAAGGAGACAAUGGACAACAGCUCAUCUAUCAAAAUUUACCAAAAGAUAUUGCAAAUAGGCAUGUUCUGCUGUUGGACCCCAUAUUGGGAACAGGAAAUUCAGCAGUUCAAGCCAUCUCCCUUCUAUUGAAGAAGGGUGUACAGGAAGCAAAUAUUAUAUUCCUUAAUCUUAUUUCAGCGCCCCAAGGAGUCCAUGUGGUGAGCAAGAGAUUCCCUAGAGUGAAGAUCGUUACCUCGGAGAUUGAGUUUGGUCUAAAUGAUGAUUUCCGUGUCGUACCUGGGAUGGGCGAAUUUGGAGACAGAUACUUUGGAACAGAUGAUUAUCAGUCAUCGACGCCAUUCUUCUGUGACGAUAAAAAUCAUGUCAGGCUCUUGUGA